UAGGCCCUCCAUGGAAUGAGUUCGACUCCCCUGAUCUAUAGGAACUGAAAAGUUGUCACCAUACCUGAAAGUAAAGCAUGGGAGAGAAGUACGGGUUAAUGCUGAAAAUUCCCAGUAGUUUUUUAUGGCUAAUAUAAGGUCUGUAGAUCACAUAGGCCUACAGUCUAUUUAAAUGUAACCAUCUUUCCAUUGCUCAAUCUUUUAGUCUAUCUUUUGGACUUUGAAAUGAAUUGAGCUGGUCUUAAAUUAUUCUUAUUUCACACCCCACAGAUUUCCAAAAUUAAAAUCACAGAUUUGCUGGUGUUUUUACAGUCUUAUGUCCAACAAUAAAUAAAUAAAAUCCAUUUUUUUUGCGCAAAACUUGGGGGGGGGGGGGGGGGCGAGGGAGCAAAUAAAAUCACCAGCGGGCCAGAGUAGGAUGAAGAUUGAAGGUUUUCCACCACAAACUAUUUCACUCUAUUCUUCCUACCGUCUUCUGAAGGUAUGUGUUGUCAGGGGAGACAGAAGUCCAUGUGCCAAGUUUAGCAUGUGACCACCACUAUUUUUAGUGUUCUACCAGACUAAAAUUAGACCUCCUCUAGGGUCACGUUUCAUCAAGGAACACCACUGACAGACAAGGAACGAGGUCUAUUGCUACUCUGUUACAAGAUUUUCAAAGCAAAGAAGCUAUUUCGUCAACACAAUGGAAUACAUUGAAGAGAUUUCUGAGGAAUUUAUCACAUGGGUUUUCUUGAUGCACAUUAUUCCAAUCUAGAAGGUACUAUUUAUUUUGGCAGUGUUUGCCCGGCAACAGGACUACUACAGCUGUGCUCCAAUAGGUUUUGAACUCACACAUUAAUUGUGUUAGUGCUUCCUCAAACGUUACAGUCUAUUUGGGGUGACAGAUGUAUUUCAUCCUUUUUGUCAAUUUUAUGUGAAAGAGUGCAGUUUGGCUUGAUAUGGAAGAAUAAUGAAGAUCCAAAUUAAAAAUAGGCUACAUAACCUUAUGUUAUCAAUCAUCAUUAUGAGUGAGUUUCCUUCUGCAGUGAAGAAAUCUGAGCAGAGAAUUUCCUGCAUCUGUCCUUGUCUAGCCCUGUCCGUCUAAUUAAGGUAAGCAGUGAUCAACCAGACUCCAGUCCUGUUUUGAGUUGAGACUAUUUUGGGAGCUGUGUUUGAACAGUUUGUGUAGGGUCACCAUGACCGGGGUGGCAGUGUGCAGUGGCUCCGUCAGCUCUAUCAAGUCCCUUUGGGAGACUAGAAUUAAGAAAACGAAACAAGAUCUUCAGAAGCAACAAGAACAAAGGGCCGGUGUAGGUAGGUGAGUGAUAUUUAUCCUUGAUCAUUUUUUUGAAUAUUUAAUACCCAUGGGUAAGCCAAUUGGCUUCAUUGAAAAUGAAUGAGCCCAAACCUUGGACCUGUCUAUUACUUAUUGCUGUACUUCUCUGCCAAAGGGUGAGACAUAACUGGGAAGAUCGGAUUAUCUUGGCCAAACUGAAAGAGAAGGUGGUGACAGAGGAAGGACGUGUCAUUUUAAGGAUAGAGAAAGAGGAAUGGAAGGUACCUUCCACUCUAUGCCGUAUGAUUGUGUCAAAAAACACUUUCUGUUCUAUUUUGAUAACAAACUCCACUUUUGGGGAUAAUUAACAAGCAUAUCACCAGAUAACCUUUUUUUUUAUGUCUACUACUCUUUUUUGACAGACUUUGCCUCGAGCCUUGGUUCACUUUCCUCAGCUCAUGGAGUGGCAGCUUCACAGGGUUGGACUACAAACAAUCCCACGCUUCAUUUCCAGCUUUGAGAAUCUGCUUGUUCUUGACCUGUCCCGAAAUGCCAUCACAGAGAUCCCAAAGGAGAUUGGUCAGUAAACCAGUUACUUGUAACAUCCCCUCAAUUCAUGUAUCACAGGCACUGCCCACUGGGCACACACUGGUUGAAUCAACGUUGUUUCCACGUCAUUUCAUUAAAAGUAUGUUGAACCAACAUGGAAUAGACGUUGAAUUGACGUCUGUGCCCAGUGGGUGAUGACGUGUGCUUCAUGUCAGAAUGCAUGGCCUAUCGUGUAGCUCUCCCUCUCUAGGUAAACUGACCAGACUAAGGGAGCUGCUGGUGAGCUACAAUAGAGUGCAAAGUGUUCCAGAGGAGCUGGGCUGUUGUGAGAACCUGGAGAAACUGGAGCUGGCGAUGAACAGGGACCUUGAUGAGCUGCCUUCAGAGGUACCCAACAUGGCAUGAGUGUUGGUUUAAUGUUAAAGGGAUACUAAACCAUUUUUCAACUUCAUAUUCAUCUUCAUCAUCUCCAGCACCACCCCACCAUCAACAUGUGUGAAAAUUGCUUUUCUAUGUUUUGUAGUAAAAAAAUAUAAAUUAUUCUAAGUAUUUCCAAUUACAUCAUUGUGCAUCGUGUGAUUUUGACCAAUUGUGAGUAGGCAUUGCCUACUAAUUGGUUGAUGAUGUCAUUGGAAACGCUUAUCUUUCUCAAUCUUUUUUUACUACAAAACAUAAAAACACGCAAUUUUCACAUAUGUUGACGUUGGGGUGGUGCUGGACAUUUUCCUUUAACGGAACCUUCCAGGUACAUGAUGAUUUAUGUGCGUGUCCCUCACUGUGCUAAUUUCCCGUUCUGUUGUCCUCAGAUAAGCAACCUGAAGAAGCUUUGCCACUUGGAUCUCUCCAUGAACCAGUUCACAGAGAUCCCAGAGAGUGUGGUGAGUCUGCCAGCCCUGGAAUGGCUGGAUAUGGGUGGAAAUCGGCUGCAGAGCUUACCCCAUGACAUUCACAGGUAGGCUGCAGAGCUUACCACAUGACAUUCACAGGUAGGCUGCAGCGUUUACCACGUGACAUUCACAGGUAGGCUGCAGCGCUUACCCCAUGACAUUCACAGGUAGGCUGCAGCGCUUACCCCAUGACAUUCACAGGUAGGCUGCAGCGCUUACCCCAUGACAUUCACAGGUAGGCUGCAGCGCUUACCCCAUGACAUUCACAGGUAGGCUGCAGCGCUUACCCCAUGACAUUCACAGGUAGGCUGCAGCGCUUACCCCAUGACAUUCACAGGUAGGCUGCAGCGUUUACCACAUGACAUUCACAGGUAGGCUGCAGCGCUUAACACAUGACAUUCACAGGUAGGCUGCAGCGCUUACCCCAUGACAUUCACAGGUAGGCUGCAGCGCUUACCCCGUGACAUUCACAGGUAGGCUGCAGCGCUUACCCCGUGACAUUCACAGGUAGGCUGCAGCGCUUACCACGUGACAUUCACAGGUAGGCUGCAGCGCUUACCACAUGACAUUCACAGGUAGGCUUACACACAUCUACCAUAACCAUAUAUCCAUCCACAGCAUAUUGAUAGAAAUACAUGAGAAAUAAAAAGACAAACUACAUACAUAUGCGCUUGCUAUGUCCAGAAUGGAGAAGCUGCAUACUAUGUGGCUGCAGAGGAACGAACUGGAGUUCCUGCCUGACAACAUCUGUUACAUGCGAAGCCUGGACACGCUGGUGCUUAGCAACAAUAAGCUACAUGACAUUCCCUCAAUGAUGGAGGACAUGAACAAUCUCAGGUGAGUGCCAUGUCUAGAGGUGGGAGCUAGGGGUUGUUUUGGGGAUGGGGUGGACUGUAGACUAACAAAUGUAUUGGCCCACAUUGGCAACGAUUAACCUAAUAAAAGCGGGUAAACAAAUACGUAAGCAAUUAAUCAUAAAUUGUAUUUAAAAAAGGUUUAUAUUCAAACUAGCAAAAGAUUCCCAACAAUUUAUUUUAUAUCGAAACAAAUGUAUCUUCAUUCAUCAUGUUCGCUAUACUUGCAGGUUUGUGAAUUUCCGAGACAACCCUCUAACAUAUGAAGUGGAACUGCCUGCUGACCCAAAGAAAUCUGAGGAGGACGAGGAUGACAGAGAGAUGUUUGGCCGAGAUUUCAUGCGCGUCUACUGCCAGGAGGCACGGAAAAGAGUUAACGCCAUGCUAAAUAUGCAUCGUGUAAAUCGUAUGUACCAACAAAUAUGUACUUGAACUGUAUGGUGAUCUGUUGACUAAUAGCAGGGUAAGCUGACAUCUUAUUGAAAAGUUUAUUCCAGUUUGAUGCACGCAGAAUAAUAAAGUAGGCAAACAAGGUAAUGUUACCACCCACAGUCCAAGAGGUGAGAGAAAAGUCCUCAACUCAUCCAGCUAAUGUUAUGUACUGUAUCAAAGCUAACGGUGCUAUCUAGUGCUGUUUGACUCGCUAGCUAGCUUCCAAGACACAUUGUCAUUUGCUGACUACUAUGAAUAUUUGAGGGGGAUAUUACUAAUUGUUCCUGGAACAAAUCGUGCCAAGAGGUUUUGGCAUUUUUUUAGAUGUUUUUUCUUCCCCUACUAGAGUUGCUCUUUAAUGACACUGCCCUUUUGAAAUGUCUUUCAGCACCUGAGUCAUACUACACCUCAGAACUAAAUGUGACCCUUGAAGCUGUGGCAGAGUCUGCACCGUCACUGUGACCUACAUGUUGGCCUCUCUGUCGGUUCCUGUCCUCUGUCUGUUGUCGACAGCGUCUCAUCCUCCGUGUGGUGAUGGCCUAG